AUCUGGCUACACUGGACAUGCCCCGCCAUUGAGCCACUCUUAAGAUAUUUACAUGCAUUUAUAUGUCUUUAAUCUUUAUAAUCUAAUAUCUAUGUUUCGAACCUAGAUAUGUAAAGAAUAUGUCUAUGGUUUAUAACCUUCUGUCAAUCCUGUUGAGCUAUUCCGGUACUGUCACACUAUUUACAAUAUUUGGUUGAAUCGUUGAAUGUCUACUUACUAAAUGAGUUGUUCAAUUUCUUUGUUAUUAAUUAAAUGCAAUUUGAUUCACUAUAAUUUAUAGUGAUUUUUGAAUUUAUAGUUAUCUAAGGUAUUUAUAAGUAGGAAUUUGAUUAAUAAUGGGUAUGCCAUUUUAUAAUACUUAUUAAAAUUUUAAAGAAUUAUUAAUAGUUAAUUUUUUUAUUAUUUCAGUGGAAAAUGAAGGUAUUUUACAUCCUUUUAUUCAAUUUAAGUUAAUUGCUCCAGAUACAGUUAAGAAAUGUUUAAGUAUAAAAAAUGAAGAAAAACUUGGGCAAAUUAUUUUUUUAGAUAAAUACAGUUCAAGGUAAUUAUUUUUUAGUCUUACAUUAUUACAGAUCUAUGAUAAAUGAGUGUGGGUCAUUUGAUUGAAAAUCUUGUAGUCGAUAGUUAAGUGAUCGAAAUGUCGUAAUUAAUUUUUUUUUUUAAAAAAAACAAAUGGUCGAAUAUUUAAUUAAUAUGGUCAAAAUAUUAAUUAGUGAUCCAAUAGGUUUUUUCAUAAACCGAAUUUAAUAAUAACUUAAGUUGACAAACAUAAUGAAAAUGAUAAUAUUUUGAUUGUGAUUCCUUAUCGCUGAACAUAUUAUUCUAUUGAAAAUGAAUUGUUUUCACAUCAAUUUUCUAGAAAUUUAAAUGACUAUUACUCAGAAACUAUUGAUCGGAUAUGAAUGUAUGGUACAUUAAAAUAGUUGGAGUAAUAUUUUUUACAACAUGGCUAUUUUGUAAAUAUUGAAAAGUGAAAAAGUAAUUUUUUUUCAUUGAUUAAUGUAUGAAAAAAAAAAGUAAUAAUGAUGUAAAACACUGUAGGACACUGUAUUUAAUAAUUUUAGAUUACUUUAUCUAGUAUUUGUAUAGCUGUAAUCCGUAGGUAGUAGGUACCUACAGUGUUUAUCGUUGAAAAGUAUAUGAUCCAGGUUAUAAUUUAUUAAAAUAAUACAUCAGAGGACUAGCUUAAAAUUUAAAUAAUAAUAAAAUAAUACAAUUUUGUAUUUUCAUUAUGUACUAAUUAUUUAAAUAUUUUCAACUUCGUUACAAGUUUACUUAACUGGAAACUUUAUUUUUCAAUUUUUUUUUUUUUUAAAACCACGUCUUUUGACGCUGAUUACGGAACUGUUCCAUUCAAUCAUUUGGAAUUGAUCGUGACGCAUUGGGUAACACAUUAUUCAUGGUAUUUUAAUCACUUUUUUUCAAUCAAAUGAUGUCCACCUAUGAAAAAUAUUCACAACAUUUGGGUGAUUUUUAAAGUAUUUGAUAUUUUUGCAUUUAUUUUAGUUAUAUUUGGAUAAAAUUUAAUUUCGCACAUUUUUUUUUUUUUGACAACCCCUUCUCCUUUUUUUGGGUAAUUAUUUUUUAUUAAAUUUAAUGGGAAAAUGAACUUCCUAUGUUACAAAAUAGCCGAGUUAUGGAUAUUUACAUGUUUGAUAUUCAUUUUUGAAUUAUUAAUUUUUACACCUCGUGAUAUCUUCUAGUAUUAUUUUUAGUGCCUACUUUGGGAGAGGGAUAAUCCUCUCCCUUACAGAAACUUACUUUUAGAUUCUGCGCAGAGCGAGGAAUGUAUUGGAUUUACAUGAUGUUUUUUUUUUUAUCUGAAUGAAUUUUCUACCAGAAAUUUUUCUCUGAUUUUUAAUUAUAGUACUUUCUGAAAGGAAAUUUAACUAGGGUGGUACUUUAAUGAGGCCAUUUUUCGAUUUUCUUAGCUGUUCUCAUAAUAAAUGAAAAAUACAUAGGAAAAAAUGUAUAAUAUUAAAGAAAAUAUAUAAUGGAUAUUAUGUAAUUAUUUUACCAUAAUAUGACAUAGGUAUGUUUUUUAACAAAGCAAUACUAUUAACUGAACAACGUUCAUAAUUGUUUUUUGUUAGCAAUGGUUUAUCAUUGCGUACAUAUGUACAUUAAAUUUCCCUUCUACCUUACUUCUCACCUACAACAGUGGCACACCCAUCAUACAAAGUAUGUUCGUAUCUUUUUUUUUAUAAAUAGUCUCUUACAAUUACAAUCAAAACUAAUAUCAAAUAUUCAAGUAUCGAUAACUCAGUUAUUUUAAACAUAGGAGUUCCUACUAGGUUUGAUAAUUAAAAUACAUAAAAAAAAAAAAAAAGUUAUACAUGUGCUAGAAAUUAAAUAGUAUAAAAAUAGUUUAAUUAGUUUAAUAAGUGUAAAAAAGUUUUUUAGGCACUCAAAAAAACAGAAUUCAAAUAUAUUUAAUAUGUGCAGUUAUAGUGUUUCCAACUAAAAAUCACACACUAUAUAACUGUGAUUAAAAUGUAAAAAGUGUAUUUGUUCAGAACUUGCCUUUUAACAUAUAUUUUAAAUUUAUGUGCACUAAAAUUAUCCUCGAUUUUCAUAAAUCCAGUAUUAUUACAGGGUGAUUAUUUUAAUGCUGAUCACUCAUUAUUUCGUAAAGUAUAAACUUUUUUUUAAAAAAAAAAAAAAAUGUUUAGAAACAGGCAGUUUCAAAAUGUUAUAUCACCAUUAUUUAAACGACUACCAACUUUUAAUUUUUAAAUAGUAACCUAUAUUAAAAGUUCCAUACAUAGAUUAGUAUUAGUAUUAGUUUAAAUAAAUUUUGGUGUUAAAAUGUUUGAUUUCUUUCAACCUAUUCACAAGAUAUUCCACUUUUAAAUUUAGGUAGAAAGAGAAUAGUGGUGUAAUACUCCACUGCUUUCCCCUGACCCAAAUUUAAAAGUGGAAUAUCUCGUGAAUGGGAAUUUAUUUAAAUUAAUAGAAUUUUUAAUAUAGGUUAACAUUUCAAAAUCAAAAGUCUGUAGUCGCACCUUUCGCCUUCCCAAAAUAAUGAUUUAACUUUUUAAUUCUUUUUAUUUCUUAAAUUUUCAAAACAUUUAUUUUUGAAAAAAGUCUAUACUUUGCCAAAUAAAUGUUCAACAAUAAAAGAAUCAUUUUGUAUAUUUAAUUGUUUAUAUUUUUAUGUUAAGAAUGCAACUUCCAUAAUUUGAAAUGAAAUGAACUGAGAAUGUUUUUAGCUCAUUGAUUUUUUUUUUUUAACUUACCUAUUAAUCAUUAACUGUUAUUCAAUUAAAAUAUAACUGUACCAAUAACAUAUGUAGGGUGAUUUAUUAAGCAUACUCACCCCUUUUUUUGGUUAAAUCUUACAUAUAUUCAAAUUUAAAUUUUUGCGAUUUUUAAGUGUAGUUCAUACCUAUAUUUUCAAAUGCUUGGAAUUUUCACAACAUUUAAAGAUAUUAUAGAUAUUUACAAAUGAUAUAGCCCAUAUAAAUAAUUUCAAUUUACAUACUAUUAAAAAAAUUCUUAAACGUAUUAAAAAAAAAAAUAAUAUGUGUUAACGAAUUCGCUAAACUUCUGAACAAUAAUAUAAAUAAUGUAAAACUCACUUUUAAGACUAAUAAUAAUUGAAUCAAACAUAUAAAUAAAAUAACUAAAAACUUCACAAACGAUGUAAGCAAUUAAACAUCAUAUCUAAAUAUAUCAACAUCAAGAUCAACAGUUUAACAGAAUCGGCAACCAAAACCAAACAAAAAGCAGAAAUUGAGUAUUUAAAUUGUUAAAAAUGUAACAUUGUAGAAAAUAUUAAACAGAUCAAAGCACUAUCAAAUAAAUAUAAAUAUAACUACAUUAAAAAUUUCAUAUCAAAAACAACAAAAUAUAUAUAUAAAAAAAAAAAAGAUCGAAACCUUAUGUUCAAAUAUUUUAACCAAAAUUCACUAACCUUACAAAUAUUACUUUCAAUCAAAAAGGAACAGAACUUUUAAAUAAAGGAAGUAAAUAUAAUCUAUAUAAUAAUAUUAAUUACUAUUAAAUCGAAAAAGAAACUAUUAAAUGUCAAUCAAUAAUUAAUUACAUUCCAAACAAUUUUAUUUUAUUUACAAAAUUUAUUAAAUGUUUAAACAGAUUAUAAAAUUAUAAUUUUUUUUCUUAUCUACAUAAACUUGAAGAUAAUAAUAAUUGUAAUAACAUUAUCUAAUCAAAUUUCUCUGCUAUAAUUGUUUUGUUAUAAAAAAAUAUGUACACAAUUGUUUGAUAUUAUAACAACUGUUUAUUUUUAUUUUAAAAUGUAUAUUGUUCAUUUUUUAAACUGUUUUAUGUGAACCAUUAUAUAACAUUGUUCAUCAGCAACCUUGUGAUAAUGUAAGCCGAAACUAAGUAUUUGCUUAAAUAAAACUUAUUAACACUUUAUGUCAAUACAUUUUUUAAACAAACAUUUUUAUGUAAAAAAUAUUACCCUUAAUUCUAAAAUUUGCUAAACAUGUUUUAGAAAAUAACCAUAAAAUUAGCUUUAAUAUUAAUACAGACCUAGAAAUAUUAAAUACACAAAAUAACAUAUACAAUAAUUCAGUUUUAGAAGAAUUACAUAUACACAACAAAAUAGAGAAAAAUAAUUUUAAUAAUCAAUCUCUCCUAUAAAAUAAAUUAUUUCUAUGUAUUCCUUCAUUUAAUUUUUUUUUAUUCAGUCGCGUUUUACAUUUUGACUGUUAUGUAUCUGAUGAUGAAUUUUUAAUUCGAAACAGGUUAGGUUUGCAUGCAUUCUUAUAUUUUUUAUUUUUAUGUACAUACACAUUUUUUUACAAGUAUUAGCCAUUUUAAUAAUUUUGUUUUUACUUCAUUAUUUUAUUAUAACUGAUCAUUAUUUUUAACUGAUGCAAUCUCUAAUGAACAGAAUUCUUAUCAAAAUAUAAAUAUAAAUUAGAUAAAUAUUAGCUAUUUAAUUUAGAAAAUUGGUUUUCCACUUUUGAUUUUGAUAAUGUUGAUUCUAUGCCUAAGGUUUUCAAUUCUAAAUUAAAAGAGUUUAUUCUUCUUUCAACUAUUUCUGUAAAUGAUUUUGUAUAAAAAACAAUAUUUAAAUUCAAAUAAUAGAUUAUAUCUGAUAUAAUAACUUCAAUUAGAAAAAAGAAAAAAUUGUUAUUUGAUAUGCGUUUUAAACUCUUCUAUAAUAACCAUUUUUCAUAAUAACCAUAGCAAUUUGUUUAAUGUAUUUAUAAGAAAAUCAAAACAAUUAUAUUAUCAGAAUAAAUUAAUAAAAGCUCAGUUUGAUAGUAAACAAUUAUAGAAUAUUAUUAAUGAGGUAAUAGGGAAAUCAAACAAAAAUAAAAUAUGUGAUAUAAAUAAGAUUAUAAAAAAUGAUGGUUUAUACAAUGAAUCUAUCAGAAAUUUGUAAUGAGUUAAAUUACUUUUUAUUAAUGUUGGAAAUAACUUAGAAAUAGAACAUAUAAAUCACAAUAUGGUUGAUGCCUACAGAACUAUAAGUGACAGUAUAUUUUUAAACCAAUUAAUUGUGACAAAAUUAUGUUACACCUUAAUAAAAUCAAAAACUAUAAUUGUUUUUAUAAAAAUGACUUGUCUAAUACAUACUAAUAAAAACUUCUAAAUUUAUUUUUUUACCAUUAUCUAUUAUUUUCAAUAAAUCUCUAUUAACUGGUCAUCCAUGAAACAUCCAUCCAAUUUCAACUACAGAUACGCCAAUGGGUAUUCGUCCCCCCUUCCCUUGGGUUGCAUAAUUAUAUGUGACAAUAUGUGUGUAUUGUUAUAUUUUUAAAAUUUUUAAGAAUGGGUUAAAAUAUAUUUCUCCCCCCCGUAAAAAAGGCCUAGGUACGCCCCUGCUUUUUAAGUUGGAUAACUUUAUUAGAAAAAAAUAUUGACAACAAUAAUAAGGUAAAAGGCGGGUUUUAGAUGUUCAGAAAGCUUUGGAUUGUGUUGAUCAUAAACAAUUAAUUAUUAAAUUAGAAUACGCAGGUAUUCGUGACAUACCUACCUAAUGACUUGCUAAAAUCCAUCUUAAGUGGUAGAAUUCAAAGAAUUAAACUUAGUGAUCAAUAUAGUAAAAUUCUAGAAGUAUCUUGUAGUGUAUCUCAAGGAACAGAUUUUGAUCCCCUAUUAUUCACAAUUUUUAUUAAUUAGAUAAUUAAAAAUGCAUACUAAUUUAAAUACGGAAAUUCUAAGUUUUGCUGAUGAUACUACAAUUUUAUUAUCUGAACAAACUAUAGAUACUUACUAUUACAAGGCAAAUGAAACUAAAUAAUAUUCAUGUUUGGUUUUGCAAGAAUGAAUUGAUUGAAAUUAAACCACUUUAAAUAGCAAUAUAAUUAAUUUUUGUAAUUUGGAAUCUUUCAAAAGUUAUAUUUAAGGCCUUGAUUUAUCUAGUACAUAGUUUAUAUUAGUGAUUUUAAAUACUACGUAUUUACUCAUGCUAUAGUUUUCCUUCUUUAUUUUAACCUUUUUUCUAUUUUUAAUAGUAUACUUUAUUUUUUAUAUUCUAAUAUCAAUUAUCACAACAUGAUAGGUUCAAUUUUAAUUGAUGAGAACUGCUUCCCUAGCACAAGCUUGGCUUAUAAAGGGUGCUACAAUUUAAUUUAUAUUUGGUAUUUAUUAAAUUUAUCACCUGUUGUUUUUUUGCAAAAUAUUUAAAAUAAUAUAUUUUUAAAAAAAAAACUACACCUAAAAUUUCCAAAAAUCUAAAUUUGAAUAAAUGUAAAAUUUAACCAAAAAUUGGAGUGAUCACACUUAGUAAAUCAGCCUGUAUAUAGAAUAUACUCGUUUGUACACAAUUUCAGAGAUUUUUCCAAUGUAGUUAACAUAUUUCUCACUAUGGAGACAACUGACUUAAAGAAAAUGGAAGCAAAUAAAAACUUGAAUAAUCUAAAUAUUUUUUUUGAAAAAAAUGUAAGUUAUAAUAUUUUUGAAUUUAUUUUUAACACAGUAUUUUAAACUAAGAAGAUAAGAAUAUUUAAAGCAUUAAACGUGCCCAUAUGUUUUACAUAUACCUAAUAUAAUACUAAAUAGAUUGUAAACUAAACUUUUGUAGCAUGUAAACGAGCUUUUUUCAAACUUACUAAUAGUUUUAAAUGUUUUUAUAUAUAUAUAGAUAUAAAAUUACACACACUGAAGAUUAACUACAGGAGUGGUCAACCAGGGGGGGGUGAUUUAUCCCCCCCAUUACAUAAUUUUUCUUAAACAUUUAUAAUAAUAUACAGCAAUAUUUUUAAGCACAAUCAUCCAUUUUUAUGGUUAAAAUUAUGCAUAAUAAAUGAAUAAAUUCAAAUAGUUAGAUUUUUCACAAUAGUUAAGAAGCAUCUUAUGACAGUACCAAUUUUAGUUUUUCAAAUGAGAACUUAAAUAUUUGAGUAUAAAUUGUCAAUUAAAUGAUUUUUUUGAAAAAGUUGACGUAUUGUAAUUGAAAUUUUAAUGACAAGUUUCUGAGUUAUUUUACUUUAAAUAUUAAAGAAUAAUAUCUGCGCGAUUUAAAGUAAAAAAUUGCCUAUACACAACUUUUAUGAAACGUCAAUUUAGAAACUUUUCAUUGAUAUUUUUAAAAAAAUCAUCCGUCCGAUUGAUGAUAUGCAUCAAACCGUGUCAGUUCUCAUUUGAAAAAUCGAAGUUGUUAUCGCCAUAUAAAAUAUAUGAAAAUAUUGCUUUUCACUACACUUAAAAAUUUCAGAAUUUUGAGAAUUUGAAUUUAACUAAUGAUGGACACUAUUGAAUAAUGUCUUGUAUAUUUGUACUAUCAAUAGUUUUGAUGAAUUAUCAAAUAUUUUUUUGAUAGGUAAAUAAUUCUACAAUAUACUACCUACAGUUGGCUAUACAAAACAACAAAAGACAUAUGGUUUGGUAGCCUUUGUAUCCAAGCCAACACUCCCCUAUCCCAAUUUAUCUAGAUAGUCAAUAUAUGAUUAUUUGGACAUGAUCCAUUAGAGGUUUUGGUUAAUUUGUUACACUUGCGUAACAAUUAAAAAUCUUUGCUUUGUUUUUUAACUCAUGUGUUUUGCAUGUCAACAUAAGUGCCAUUUUUAAGUUUGUAUACAUAAAAAUAUAUUUUACGAAAAAAAAAAUUGGUCAGAUUUGUGGAAAUAUACUUUAAAAAAUCCUAACAAGCCGAGUCAAGUGCUAUGUAAACUGUGUAAAAUAUUUUUAAAGUUUUCAAAUAAUAUGUAAAAUCUAUGGAAUCAUUUGAAGAAGAAAUAUCCGACGAUAUUAGAACUGGAAAAAUCAAGAAUUUUAGAAGUAGACGACCAUAACGUAUAAUUUUAUUACAAACAAUAAUAUUUCAAUAAUAUCGACAAAAAAUAACGAAGUAAAAACUAUUCGAAUAGUUUGAAUGCAAUCAACUAUCCAGUAGUUCGAUUAGUAACUACUUUAAUAGUGCCCAUCACUAAAUUUAACCAUAAAAAUAAGGUGAACAUGCUUUAAAAAUUAGCCUGUAUGUUAUAGUAUAUGGUGUAGUUAUGAAAAAAGUUAUGUAAAUAAUAAUAGUUAUUAAAAAUCAUCCUUAUCCUCGUGACAAAAUCAUUUAACCGCCACUGAUUUUUAAUAAAAAAAAAAAAAAAAAACUUCAUUUCAUGGUAAAUCAAAUUUUAGUAAUAAUUAGUUUUUGCACAUUUUACGGAUUUUAAAAUUAGAAAUUCCAAUUUGUGUACCCUAAAGUUGUUAUAGAUCAAUAAUUUGAUUAAUCCAAUAAUUAUUGUAUUAUACAUUAUUUUUCUUUUUUAACAGUGGGGACGCUGAAACUUUCCUAAAAGUUGUUUAUAUGUGUUAGGUUGUUUUAUUUAUACUAUAUUUGAUUAAUUAAUUAAUUUUUUUUUUUUUUAGAAACAUGUCAAAGAAACUCAUAAUAGAACACUUGCAGUAAUGAAUUCAAGAUUAAAUAAGAAGAAAUUUUAGUAUGAUAUUUGUUCUUUAUUUUGUUUUGAACAAAUAAUUUGUUUUAUCAUAUAAUUAAUAAAAUAAAACGAUACCUAUUCCUUUAGAAUUUAAUUAUUUUUUCCU